CUACUUACAGACAGUGUAUGCUACAGGGUCCAACCGUUUUCCAGCUUUUAUACAGUCGGCAAACCAGUUUUCUUUGACGAAUACGCAGUCUUCAGGGAAAAGCUUGCGGAAGUUCGAGAGUUGAUUCGCACUCCCAAUGAUAUCAGGCGGAACUACUGCAUGAGUGGCGUCGUUCAACUCCGCUUCUUUUUCCACUACGUACCCUCCGUUUUCCACAAUCAAAUCUACAAGCUUUUCAACGGAGACCCGCUCAAAACCAUAAACAGACACAACGAGAUCUGUGAACAAAGACGAAUGUUCCGGAGUGUGGUAACCGUCCCCGUCCGAGUCACUUCCAGCGGUGUCUUUUUCAGAAACUUGCCUACCAGCUGAGGUGCUGGGCUCCGGGCUGAAUUUUUCGCGCUUGCGAGGAAUUCUUCGCAGUCUGGGGUCCCGCCUGGUCCUCAACUCGCUUAGUUCCUCAUCGUCGACUUCCUCUUCAGAUGAACUGAUGGGUUCAUCAUCGCUGGUCUCUUCAUCGCCUUCACUCCAAUCGUGCUCAGAAGCACUGCUAGAAGCGCUUGUGCUGUCUUCUUCUUCCUCCUCCUCCUCGGCAUCCUCUGAGCCACUUUCAGUCUGCUGAGCGAUCUUGGCCCUAUUGUCAGGCUUCCGCGGUGAUCUAUGGGGACGCUUGCUAGGCCCAGCGACAGCUUGUUGCGGAGAUCGAGGUCGUGGUUCGUCUUUUUCCUCAUCCUUGUUAUCCUCUGAACCACUUUCAUUCUGCAGAGCAAUCUUAGCCCUCUUGUUGGGCUUACUCGGCGAUGUAUUGGGACGCUUACCUAAAUUCCACACAAACCUUACUCUUAGGAACUCAAACCUUACUCAUUUUGCCCAGAAAUGGUAAAACUACUAACUAGGCCCGGCUGCAUCCGGUUGUGGAGACAAAGCUCGUGGUGAUCGCUGAUGACGAGCAAAAUAGUAAACAUACGUUGGUACGCCAUGAUUCGUUAUACACUUUUUGAGCAUCCUCUCUACCGUAUACCAGUCUGAAGGAAAUGCCAAUUGACUUUGAAGAAUCCACCAAUGAAACGCGACUGCACGUUAGUAAUUAUACUGGUUUCAUGGCAGCGAAUAAUAAAAAAAUUAAAAAUGAAUAACUCUAUGCUUACUACUCAAUGCAACAAAAAGUACCACAUCCUCUUUCCAUCCUGAGGAUGUCGAAGGCUGUUGACUAUCGCCACCAGCAGCAGUUCCUUAAAUGUAGAUAUUUAUCGGUCAAUGUAUGUAUAUGGAAACAAUUGUAUAUCCCCAAGUAUGACCUCUGUUUUCUUUCACAUCCUCCACUAAAUGACAGUCGCCCAAUUUCAUAUCUCCCAUACGGGAUAUGAGCUCGUAUCGUUCAGCAAUCGUUGGAUCUUUAGCUCGUAAAGCCGAAAAAACACCUCCAUUGCCGAACUUGCCACUGUUGUCUACACAAUGCAGAAUAAGGCACAGUGUAGUUUUGUCCUCAUCGCUUCUUUGUGGCUUCGUAACAUCCCCAUGAACAUAGAAGAGAACAGAACCUUCCUCAACCUCAUCGCCAUACUCAGAGUUAUGGUUCCCCACAGUAGGAAGAGGUAGUUUACUUGGUUCAUAACCAUUCGCGGCCCACAUUGCUUUUUUCUUCUCUUCCGCUGUUUUUCUACGUUUUUCAGCUGCUGCAGCACGAUCUUGCUCUGCUCUUUUCAUUUUCUCCGGAGAUAGGCCACUUUCCUCUUCGCCUAUGCCAUAUCGUUCACAAGCAACACGACUCCGUUUCGUACGCCUAGUAGUGUUGGCUAGACUCAAAAGGCGAAGUUCCUCAAAAGCAGCCUCAUCUUUAGCCGAAACUCGAAACUGACGUCCUUCGAACACUCGAUAGUCGUUAUAAUCCGUAUCAUUUUUGUCAACUUCGUCCGGAUCCAGUUGUAGCGCUGCGGGAAUCUGAUUUUCUUUGUUCCCCUUCAUUGGCAGCCACUCGCCAACCGCAUUUGUUUCUCCGAUGACACUCUCCAGGUCUUGAUCUGUCAAUUUGAAGCUUUCACUCUUUUGCUCCUUUAGAGUACCCAAGCAUUGCUUGAUCAUUGUCAUCAUAUCGAACGCAGAUAACUUAGUUUCUGUAAAACUCAAGACUUCAUUACCCAUAACCCUAUCAGUGAACUUUAGCUUGUCCCGAAUACGAGCAUUCAUAUAUUGUUCGACAGUAUAACGUCCGAUUAGGCGAAUUACGCGAACUGGUCUGUCCUGUCCAAUUCUAUGACAACGAGCCAUUGCCUGUAUAUCGUUUUGUGGAUUCCAAUCCGCAUCCAAAAAUAUUACAGUAUCCGCACCGGUGAGAUUUAGACCAACUCCACCACUUCGAGUUGUUAAGAGAAAACACCAAGGACUAUCAUCAUCGGAGCUCUUAGUUCGAAAUCUUCCAUUUCUAUCCUUCGCUGCUUUUUGGAACUCAUUAAUCGCGGCAUAGCGUUCCUCAGCACGAACACUGCCAUCGAUACGUUCAUAAUUGUAGUUUCGUAAAGCCAUAAAAUCCUGCACAAUGUCUAGGACAAUAGAGAAUUGGCUGAAUAUCAGACAACGAUGUUUGCGGGCUUUCAAGUAGCGCAGCAAACGAUCCAGAAUCUGCAACUUUCCACUGGCCUCCACGAUGUGCUCACCUUCCUUGAACGGUUCAGGCUCAACACCUUUAAAGAGGUAGGGAUGGACAACACAUUUACGCAGCUGCAUUUGUAUGUUGUUCAAGGAUUGCUGAUUAUUGCCGGUUGUUGAGACAAAAGCAUCAUAAUCUUUUGCUAUAAUGUCUAA